GUUGUAAUAAUUAAGAAGGUCCAUGCAUCAACAUGAAAGUAGCUUAUAUAUUUGGUUAUAUUUGAUAAUUAACCAAAAAGAAACUAGCUAGCUAGGCAAAGAUGGAUGGUGGUGGUGACUCUGGUGAGUCCGGUGACCAAGUCAUUGUGUUUAUGGCUGACGGCCACACGCAAGGCGGCCAAUCCGUAGCCUCCGAUCAUUCCAACACCAACACUACCAACGUUGAUCGACGAGGUGAUCAUUUGAAGGCGAAGCCCUUACAAAGGGUACAAUCCACUAAUACUCUUAGAAAGAGAGCCACCUUACGCCGUCUUAGCUUCUCCAAACCCAAAUCUCGAAACCUCGAGUUCAACUUCCCUCCCAAAAAAAAUGUCACGACUGGUGAGUUUGAAAGAGAUCAGACGACUAUUUGGGAAGAAGAGGUAAGUAACAACUGUAACGGUAUUGGUAGUGACACGGACUUCUCCUCCUCUUCCUCGGAAGACGAGGAAGAGGAGGAGGAAGAAAAAAGUGGGGGUGGUAAUAAACAAUAUCACAAGAUUAAGAAAAAGAAGAGGAAGAUAAAGUGGAAGAGAGUGGGAGAGUGGUCAUUAUUUUUAGUUAUAUUGACUUGCUUGAUCCUUUCCUUGACGGUGGACACGCUCCGACACUACCCCGUGAUGGGCCUAGUGCCGUGGCAGUGGUGUUUGUUGGCGAUGGUGGUGUUUAGUGGCCGUCUUUGUUCCGGGUGGCUAGUGAGUUUCUUGGUGUUUUUGAUAGAGAGGAACUUUAUGUUAAGGGAGAAGGUGUUGUAUUUUGUGUAUGGGUUAAGGAAAAGUAUUCAAAGUUGUAUAUGGUUAGCACUUGUGUUAUUAGCUUGGACUUGUAUGUUCAAUGCUAAAGUGCACCAAAAUAAUAAGGUGGUGAAGAGGGUGUCACAAUUGCUAGUAGCAAUUCUAGUUGGAGCAAUCAUAUGGUUGGUCAAGAUUGUGUUGGUCAAGACUCUUGCCUCAUCUUUUCAUGUCCGAACUUACUUUGAUCGUAUGAAAGAAAGUGUCUUUCAUCACUACAUACUUGACACACUCUCAGGUCCGGCAAUGAAUGAACUACUAUGGGAAGAACAUAAACCAAUCCUUGGAUCAAAAUCUCUACCUACAAACUGGAAGGAUGCUAAGAACGCAAUUAGAUCAAAGAAAUAUGGAUCAAGGAAAUUAGACAUGGACAAGCUCAAGGAACUAAGUAUGGAAACUCCGGCGUCGAUUUGGAGUUUGAAGAGGUUGAUGAACUACAUUAGAUCUUCUAGUUUAUCCACAAUUUCAAAGAAUGUUGAUGAAUUUGGGAAAGCUGAAUCUGAGAUUACAAGUGAGUGGCAAGCUAGAACUACUGCCAAACGCAUCUUCAGAAACGUUGCUAAAUGUGGUGCCAAGUACGUUGAGGAGGAGGAUCUAUCAAGAUUCUUGAAGAGGAACGAGAUUCAUGCUAUAUUCCCCCUUUUUGAAGGAGCACUGGAGACCGGAAGAAUCACCAAGUCAUCCUUUAGAAAUUGGGUGGUACGGGCUUAUUUCGAGAGAAGGGCUCUAGCACAUUCUCUCAAUGACACCAAAACAGCGGUGCAACAACUACACAAGAUAGCUUCAGCACUUGUGAGUGUGAUAAUCUUUGUGGUGUUUCUCUUGCUAAUGGGAUUAGCAUCGCCGAGAGUGGUCGCCUUUGUCAUCACACAAAUGGUAGUCUUAGGCGUCAUCUUUCACAACACUUGUAAAACUAUCUUCGACUGCAUCAUUUUUGUCUUUGUCAUGCACCCUUUCGACAUAGGAGAUCGUUGUAAAGUUGAUGGUGUUCAGAUGAUUGUAGAAGAGAUGAACAUACUAACAACAGUUUUCCUGAGGUAUGACAUGGAGAAGAUAUACUAUCCAAAUUCAGCGCUAUUAACAAAGCCAAUCAGCAAUUUCUACAGAAGUCCCGAAAUGUGGGAUACAAUUCCUUUCACCAUAGACGCUUCCACUCCGAUUGAAACCAUAAAUGCACUCAAGAAGGCAACACAAAGCUAUAUUGACAGUAAGCCAAAUCAUUGGAAUUCAAAACAUAGUUUCAUAGUAAAAGACAUAGAAGAUCUGAACAAGAUGAAGAUGGGGUUAUCUGUGCAACACACAAUCAACCACCAAAACAUUGGAGAACGCAACAUUCGGUUAACCGAUCUCAUUUUAGAUCUGAAGAAAAACUUUGAGAGUCUUGGUAUCAAAUAUCACCUUCUUCCACAAGAGGUCCAUCUUACCCAGCUCAACAUCAACAAUUCGUCGUUGCCAACACCAUCUUAAUAUAGGAAUAAACAUUGAAAAUACAGAGUGUUUGCUAUGGUAUUCAUGUCCAAAUAUCACACUUUAGUUGGCUAUUUAAAGAAAAUUUUCCAUGUUUUUGGCCCAAA